UUAUUAGACAUUCUCUGGCUGCAGCCCUGUUCUUUGGAGAAGAGCUGUUAUGGAAAAGAGGUUUCAUGUUCCGUGAUUGGUUGGCUGACAGACAUCCAAUUGCCAAAGCUGUUCAUUCAUAGUGAGUAAGUGAGGCUGUAACUUAUCACCUAACGGUUCUGGUAUAAAAUCAUUGUACAAAUAUGGAAAUUUCGGGGAGUUCGUUGAAGAAGCAAAAGUUGAAUAACGUUCCUGAAAAUUGGGGGAUGCAGAGAGCAACGAAUGUUACCUACCAAGCCCACCAUGUAAGCAGAAAUAAACGUGGGCAAGUGAUAGGAACUCGUCGAGGAUUUCGUGGAUGCACUGUUUGGCUAACAGGCCUUUCUGGCGCAGGAAAGACCACAGUCAGUAUGGCUUUAGAAGAGCAUCUGGUAUGUCAUGGCAUCCCUUGCUAUACACUGGACGGAGAUAACAUUAGACAAGGUCUGAAUAAGAACUUGGGGUUCAGCCCUGAAGACCGAGAGGAGAACAUAAGGCGCAUAGCAGAAGUUGCGCGAUUGUUCGCUGAUGCUGGUCUGGUGUGUAUCGCCAGCUUCAUCUCACCCUACAGCAGAGACCGGCUAAAUGCCAGAAAGAUCCAUGAGGCAAAUGGACUUCCUUUCUUCGAGGUCUUUGUCGAUGCCCCACUGAAUGUUUGUGAGCAAAGAGACGUAAAGGGCCUCUACAAAAAAGCCAGAGCUGGGGAAAUCAAAGGUUUUACUGGGAUCGACUCUGAGUAUGAGAAGCCUGAAGCUCCAGAGCUGGUGCUGAAGACGGACUCCUGCAGUGUGAAUGAAUGCAUCCAACAACUUUUGGACCUCUUGCAGGAAAAGGAUAUUGUGCCGAUUGAUGCUUCAUACGAAGUGAAAGAGCUUUAUGUACCUGAGAAUAAACUGGAUUUGGUCAAAGCAGAUGCAAAGACUUUGCCAACACUGAGCAUCGGAAAGGUUGACCUGCAAUGGGUUCAGGUCCUGGCUGAGGGUUGGGCAACUCCACUCAAUGGUUUCAUGAGGGAGAGAGAGUAUCUGCAGUGUCUUCAUUUUGACUGCCUUCUGGAUGGUGGGGUUAUCAACUUGUCUGUGCCCGUGGUCCUGCCUGUCUGUACUGCAGACAAAGACCGUUUAAAUGGCGUCACUGCCUUUGCACUGGUCUCUGAAGGCCAACGCGUGGCCAUUCUUCGGAACCCUGAAUUCUACGAACAUCGCAAGGAGGAGCGCUGUGCCCGCCAGUGGGGCACCACUUGCAAAGACCACCCUUACAUUAAGAUGGUUAUGGAGAGUGGAGAAUGGUUAGUUGGGGGUGAUCUCCAAGUUCUGGAUCGCAUUUAUUGGAACGAUGGCUUGGAUGCAUAUCGCCUCACUCCAAAUGAGCUGAGACAGAAAUUCAAGGAGAUGAAUGCAGAUGCUGUUUUUGCCUUUCAACUCCGUAAUCCUGUUCACAAUGGCCAUGCGUUGCUAAUGCAGGACACCCAGCGGAGGCUAGUAGAACGUGGUUACCGGCAGCCAGUGUUACUGCUGCACCCACUUGGUGGUUGGACUAAAGAGGAUGAUGUGCCUCUGCUCUGGCGCAUGCGCCAACAUGCUGCUGUCCUUGAAGAUGGUGUCCUAGACCCUUCAUCAACAGUUGUUGCCAUCUUCCCCUCACCAAUGAUGUAUGCUGGACCAACAGAAGUACAGUGGCACUGCAGAGCGCGAAUGGUGGCAGGUGCAAACUUCUACAUCGUUGGUCGUGAUCCUGCAGGCAUGCCUCACCCAUCCACUGGAAAGGACUUGUACGAUGCUACACAUGGAGCUAAAGUUCUCACAAUGGCACCAGGCCUCAUCUCUUUGGAGAUUGUCCCCUUCAAAGUGGCUGCUUACAACAAGGUGAAGAAAAGCAUGGACUUUUAUAACUCCCAAAGGCAUGAAGACUACGACUUCAUCUCGGGAACACGAAUGAGAAAAAUGGCUCGCGAGGGUCAGAAUCCUCCUGAUGGCUUCAUGGCCCCUAAAGCUUGGAAUAUUCUUAAGGAGUACUACAAGUCUCUAGAGAAAGAUGUGGAUACUGCCUAAGGAUAGACAACAUCCAUCCCAUUUCUGAAAACUCAUCAACUUGUUGGACUACACAGUAUACUGUAUGUGCUGACAGCUUGUGGUACUUAGGCAUAUAUCUCACAUUGUACACACACACUCACCUCCUUUUUGUUCUACACUGGAAAUCUUUCUGAAAGAUGGUCUACUUAGAAAGACCAAGUAAGGAUAGUGCUAGCCAGAAGCAUAUAUUAUAACUUAAAAUAUCAUGAUUAAGAAAUAAGUAUCAUUAUGAAUAUUUAUUGAAUUAUUUUGAAAGGUCGAUAAUUGGAUCUUAUUGCAUUUAUAUAGUGCUUUUCAAGACAUCCAAAGCACUUCACAGUGAAGGGGGAACUUCACUAACCACCACCAAUGUAUAGCGGAGUAGAGUCAGGGAAUGAGCCAAUUACACUGGGGGAUGAUUAGAGGGCCAGAUUGAAUGCCAGGUUGGAAAUUUAGCCAGGACACCAGGAAAGCCUACUCUUUGCAAUACUGUAAGUGCCAUGGGAUAUUUAAUGACCAUGGACCUUGGUUUGACGUCUCAUCCAAAGAACGACAUCACCUGCCGUACAGUGUCCCCGUCACUGCACAGGGGUAUUGGGAUCAAUUUUUGGCCAGAGUGAAGAGUGUCACCUGCUUUCCACCCAUCAACACCACUUCCAGCAGCAACAUUUUUCAGGGAGGUCUUCCAUCCAAGUACUAACCAAGCCCACACCUGCUUAGCUUCAGUAAUUCAGAAGACAGUCUGUUGGUCCGGCUGCUAGCAAAUUAAAUGUUAUUCAGUUUUUAAAUGGUUUGUGUAUUUUCAGUGCAUCACAAACUUAGAAUGGUGAAUCUGAGUUAAUUUAUUCUGAGUUGUGUUCUAUGUAUUAUAGUCAACCAUGACAUUUAUUAGAAAAUGCUGUACAUUCUUUGCAAUCCUCACAAUCUCACCCUGUUGUGUAUCAUGUUAUAUGUUCAAGUAGAUACUACUGAGGUAAUGUCUAGUAGAUGUGGAUAAGACAUUUGUGUACUUAAGUUAAAGGUGCCCUGCCACACAAAA